AUGAGUAACACUUUGGUCAAGUUCCACCAAUGCCUUCUUAAACCCAACCUCAAGGCCAAACCAGUGUUCCCCAAACCGAUUUCAUGGAGUAUUCAUCUUCCUUCAUCCACAAAAGCCUCAAAAUAUGCGGUUUUGGGGUCUAAAAAGACAGAGUUUCUUAGUGCUAUCGCCAUGAAAUACUUACCCCAUCCACCAUUAUCUCGUCAGUACCCCGUCAUAAAAGAUACCGGGAACUAUGACUCCAUAGAGUACCUUAAUUUUAAGGAGAGCUCGGGCCUAGAUAAAGUUUAUUUGUCGGCCCGUUAUGAAUCAUUAUCGUACAAAGGGACAUUAGAAAUGUCCGAUGAUGUGAAUUCUGUGGCCAACUAUAUCACUGGUAAUAACAAUUAUAAUGCUAACCACAAAACCAAUCCCGCAGACAGCGAGAAGAUUAUUGAACUUUUCAAUCUCGGUCAUUUGAAACACAAAUGGAUCAAUUCCUUAAGUAAUGGACAAUUGAGAAGGGCCCGUAUUGCCAAAGCUGUGUUACAUUACCCCCAAUUGUUGAUUAUUGACGACCCUUUUUUGGGAUUGGAUCCUAAGCAAACUCAAUUAGUUUCAGACUCUUUGUGUAAAGUCACCGAAAUGUUCGAUAUGGCAGUAGUGUUAGGUUUGAGAUAUCAAGACACUGUUCCCGAGUGGAUAACCCAUAUCACAGAAAUCAACAAUGAAGGUAUUGAAUUGGAUGGUCCUAAGAAUGAGAUCCACAUACGUAGAGAUGAUGUCCCUCAGGAUAAGAAUUAUCAAUUACAGGAGAUUUUGAAUGAGAGUGAGUAUAAAGAUAUGCACAAACACAACGACCACAAAACCAACGACCACAAAACCAAUAGCCACAAAACCAAUAGCCACAACACCAAUAACCUGUAUCAUAUUGAAUUCAACAAUGCCUCAGUGAUCUACAAGCAACUCCCUAUCUUGAAAGAUUUCUCCUGGAAAAUUCCCAAAUGGUCAAAUUGGAGAAUCUUGGGUGAAAACGGAACUGGUAAGACCACCAUUCUUUCUCUUAUAACUGCAGACCAUCCUCAAUCAUGGAGAUCAGUCAUCAAAAUCAACGGUACCCUCCGUAAGACUGGUAAUGGUGUAACGUUCUUCGAUGUUAACAAUCGUAUCGGUAUAUCAUCUCCCGAAUUACAUUCUUUGGUACCACCCAACAAAACCAUGAACGAGAUCAUCACCAAUGGUCUUGUGAAAGAUAUUGGAAAUUCGAAUUUCAACUUUGUGGUCGAUUUCCAACCGCCACAAAAACUUAGAGAGAUUUUGGCUAUUCCCGAAAUCAGAAACAUGAUAAAUGAAUAUGGUGACACAAAAUUCAAUGAAUUGACCAUAACCUUACAAAAGCUUACAUUGUUCUUAAGAGCUAUCAUCAAGGACCCAGAAUUGAUCAUCUUAGAUGAAGCAUUCUCAUGCAUGGAUGACGUUAGGUUGAUGCAUAUUUGUCACAAGAUCUUGGAUACUUACUUUAAGGAAGCAACCGUCUUGACUAUAGGUCAUAUUGAAUGGGAAUUACCUGAUUAUGAUUAUGUGAUUAAGUUGGUGGGGGAUGAACAGAGAAGUUAUAAGUUGUUUAAAUGUGAGAAGUAA